CUCUGUCAGACAGAGACAGCACACACAUCCUGCUGUGUACCACUGUCACAGCCUCGUCCGGCCGCAGUACUCGGACUCUGAGGGGCUAAAUGCUGCUUUAUUUCCAGAGUGAAGGGGACCAGGGGGUGGGGACUGCUAGGAGGGAGGAGGAACGGCGGCAGUAGUGGCGUCACAAACAGGUUGGAAAAGGAGCCAAAAGAAGCGACGAAGAUCUCACCGAGUUUUUCAACGUAUCUAGAGAUCUUCGAUCGUCUACGCCUCUUUUCCAGGCCCAACGCGAAGAGAAAGCCGCGUAGAAAUCCCAGUGAAGCUGGGAGUGGACUGACCAGUGAAGCCUCCUUGUUUCUGCCAAGAAAAAACACAUCAUGAGCUAUCCCUCUGCUCCCUACUCCGUGCCCCAACCAGGAGGACACUCAGUGGCUCCUUAUCCAAUUCCUCAAGGGGGCUAUGGAGACCCAGGCCAAGCUCCUCCACCGGGCUUCAACAUGGGAUACAGCCCAAAUCCUCCCGUCAUGUACCAGCCAGGUCCAGUGAGCCAUGGCCCGGUGCCAGGACCAGAGUAUGGCGGUCCACAUCAGGCCAUCUCACCGGCCCCUGCUCCACCUAUGGUCGCUGUUGGGGUCCCACCAGGACUGGAGUAUCUCACGCAGAUCGACCAGAUUCUCAUCCACCAGAAAGUGGAGCUCCUAGAAGCGUUCAUUGGCUUCGAGACCAACAACCAGUAUGAGAUAAAGAACAGCCUGGGCCAGAAGAUAUACAAGGCCAAGGAGAAGAACGACUGUUGCACCAGGAACUGCUGCGGCUCACUGCGCAGUUUCGACAUGAAGAUCAAGGAUAACACGGAUCGUGAAGUCAUCCGUCUCAUCCGGCCGUUCCGCUGCGUCUCCUGUUGGUGUCCGUGCUGCUUGCAAGAGAUGGAGGUCCAGGCUCCGCCCGGCACCACCAUUGGCUACGUCAAGCAGGACUGGCACCCUUUCCUCCCACGCUUCUCCAUCCAGGGAGCCAACCGAGAGACUCUGUUGAAGCUGGAGGGGCCCUGCUUUGCCUGCAACUGCUGUGGGGAUGUCAACUUUGAGCUGACGAGCAAAGAUGGUGGCACUCCAGUCGGUCGCAUCAGCAAACAGUGGAGCGGACUCUUGAAAGAGGUCUUCACAGACACGGACAACUUUGGUAUUCAGUUCCCCCUGGAUCUGGAUGUGAAGAUGAAGGCUGUCUUGAUGGGAGCCUGCUUCCUCAUCGACUUCAUGUUCUUCGAGAAGGUGGGAGAGGCCAACCAACGCAGCAGUGUCUUCUCCUAACCCAAGACUGCACGACACCUCUGCUGUGUGCAAGAGUCAGCAGAGCCAAACUUCGUCCAAACAGCCAUGUUGUCUACCCCCCUUUCACCGUCGAGUCUUUGCUUCAAAAUAGUUUAAGUGCAAUACAGUUGAUAUGUGGCCGUCCUUUCUUCUCUGGGUUUAACAGAGGAGAUGCUUGCACUGUCAGUCUUGUCAUUUAAGGUCAUCUGCGCUGUCGGAAAGUAAACGUUGUCACCUGGACAGCAUCUUUUAGAAUGCCAUUCAGGCCCGCAUUGUUGCCUGACUGAGAAUCUGUUGUCUGCAGUGGUCAGUACUGAGGUCUGAGGUGACCCUCUGCUCGUCUGUCUGAGCCAACAUACUGAAGCAGCCAUGACACCCUGCAGAGCACAGAACAUGUGGGAAUGUAGCUCUGGAACGAGAACCGGUCUGAUGGAAGAGCUUCUUGUGUGUUGCUAUUGUGUGUGCUUUGUCAACAGGCAGGUCUGCUGUGCUGUUGUCCUUGACUGGUUCCUGGCUUCUUGUAUUGCGGCCGUGUGUGUGUGGCCUGUGAGCAGAGGGAGUGUCCAACCUCACCCCCUCACAGGUUCACCACCUGUCUUCCGUGAAGACAGACUGACCACUCGGGCCUCCAAACAUACCAAAUGGUCCUGCUCUGCCCUGUGUGUGAUGCCCCGAGUGAAAACUUGCAGUCAGCUGCAUCACUCAGAGGAAACACUGAAGUUCCCUCAAAAAGAGCCCCAAACAGAGCAAGCUGCCUUAUCAUGUAAACAUUUGUCAAAACAAUAACUGCUGGUGAACUUCACUGCAGUCCAGAAGAGUCUCGAAGUUGCCUCAAUUAGACCGCUGAUGGAACACAUUUGCUGCUGCUUUUACUGUUUUCUAUUUUUAUAUUCUUCUAUAUUAAUGUAAUUAUACCUGGGCAUCAUUUGUAGUCAUCAGUCGUGGCCCGUUCUUACCAAAGUGCUUUUAACUGCUUGCUGCCUUUCUCCAUCUUCAAGCUGAGGGCAUGAAGUGUCCAGGGCGAACAUGACAGGAGAGCAAGAAGUCCGAAUUUGGGUGUGACUGCCACUGUAAGCCACUUAUAGAAGAUGUGAAGUUUUCAGGCCACUUUGUUCUUCACUGUUUCAUCACAGCAAGACACUUAUGCACCUCUUCAUGGCACGUUCUUUCCAGUUAUUGUGCACCAGACUUAAACUUUGUACAACUUUAGUGAAUCUGUUUUCUAAGCCAAGAAUAGUUAUCUCAAAUAUCGAAAUGAAUAAAUAAGAUACUGAAAAUGAAGACUCGUUU